UAAAAUGAACGAUAGAUAUUGAAGCAAAACUUUUAGUCGACUUUGACUGUGUUAACUUCUAAGUGCCGUUUCCCACACAGAUCUCUUUCGUUCUUUCUCUCUAAUCCCCAUUUUCUUUCGAUCUCCGAAUCGGUAUUGAAAUGGCGGAAUCAAAGUCAUUGAGGAAACCUGUUUUCACUAAGGUGGACCAACUUCUCCCGGGCACUAGUGGUCACACUCUUACUGUCAAGGUUGUUAGUACAAAGAUGGUAUUGCAGAAGGGUCGUGCAGAUGGCCCUCAGGUUCGCCAAAUGCGAAUUGCCGAAUGCUUGGUAGGAGAUGAAACCGGAAUGAUUAUCUUUACAGCUAGAAAUGAACAAGUGGACUUGAUGAAAGAGGGGACUACCAUAACUCUUCGCAAUGCAAAAAUUGACAUGUUUAAAGGAUCAAUGAGGCUUGCUGUGGACAAGUGGGGUCGUGUUGAGGUUGCUGAACCUGCUAAUUUCACUGUGAAGGAAGAUAACAAUCUGUCACUCAUUGAGUAUGAAUUGGUUAAUGUUGUUGAAGAGUAACCUCUCUGGAUGGUCUUUGUGUUGCGUUCAUAUCGUGACCCAAAAUAAAACCAACUCCAGUAAAUGUGUUACCCCGAUCUAUUCGACAUCCCAUCUUCAAAAGGCUUAUGGAAGUUCACUUUUAGGAAGGAAAAAAAUCUGGAAGCUAGUGUGUAGUACUCAAAGUUUCUUUUUGCCGUUGCAGCAACAAAUCCAGCAGAACCUUUUGGUUGCGCCUCCAAACAGAUGGUGAUGGCUGUAAACUUUAGUGUUAAGAACAGCUAGCUUUUAGAACUUGCUUUCAUUUCUUUACUCAUCUGUUGUCUCUGGUCUGUGAACUGUUUUGUAUUUCGCCUUUAGAUUAUGCUUAAGAAGUUUUAACGUUAUAAAAUGUAUGUCUACAGAUGACUCAACUU